CGGGUGAGGGCGCCGCCCAAUGGGAGGCGUGGAUAGUGAGGGGUCCCACACGCCUGCUGCGGAGGGUCCGUGUCAAGAGCGGCAGGGGCUGCUUGGAGAUACCCUCCUGUAGUAGCUGCGACAGGCUGAGACACGGGAUCAUGAAAGACUGAGGUAUAAACGUUGAAGUAAGACUUGAUUGACAGACGGGCACUGCCUUCCCCAGAAUGGCAGAGAUGGUGGCAGAGGCAGAGAUGCCAACACAGUCCCCGGGAUCAGUGGAAAUUUCCACCCCUGUGCCCGGAGCGCUGGCGGAGCUGGCAACAGCAGUGACUGAGAUGACCCCCGGGGAGGCCCUGGCCUCGUCCCUCUUCUUCCAGCACCACCAGUUCAUGUGCUCUGAGUGUGGCAGCCUCUACAACACCCUGGAGGAAGUCCUCUCCCACCAGGAGCAACACCUGCCCACCAUGGCAGAGGAGGAGGUGCUGACUACCCAGGACGCGGGCCUGGAGUCUGAGCUAGUGCCUGGCACUGGGGAGGGGCCUUUCCAGUGUGGUGAAUGCAGCCAGCUCAUCCUCUCCCCCAGUGAGCUCCUGGCACACCAGGAUGCCCACCUGCAGGAGUCUGCGAGCCAGAUCCAGUACCAGUGUGGAGACUGCCAGGAGCUCUUCCCCUCACCGGAGCUGUGGGUAGCUCAUCGAAAGACACAGCACCUUUCCAGUACGGCAGACGAGCCUCCAGUGCUGCCUCCUUUGCCUCCCCCAACACCGCCACCCCCGCCAGCAGAAGUCAAGAUGGAGCCCUACGAGUGUCCAGAGUGUUCCACCCUCUGCGCCACCCCUGAAGAGUUCUUGGAGCAUCAGGGCACUCACUUUGACUCCCUGGAGAAAGAAGAGCGCAAUGGGUUGGAGGAAGAGGAGGAGGAAGAGGAGGAGGAAGGGGAGGAGGAGGGGGAGGAGGAGGAAGAGUCAGAGGAGGAGGAAGCCGCUGCAGAGCUCACUGCUGAUGAUACGGGAGGUGACGAGUCCACAGCUGAUCCAGCUCAGGGCUGUGGGGAUUGUUCCCAGCACUGUGCCUCCUCAGGUGCACGCCGCCAACACCGACGGGCAUCUCGGGGCCUAGCAUCUGCCACCCACCCCUACCACUGCAGCCAGUGUCAGCGCAGCUUCAGCUCUGCCAACAGGCUGGUGGCUCAUGGACGGGCCCAUGUGGGUGGCACCCACGAGUGUACUACCUGCUCCAAGGUCUUCAAGAAGGCGGCCUCUCUGGAGCAGCACCAGCGGCUGCACCUCGGGGAGGCCCGCUACCUGUGUGUGGACUGCGGCCGUGGCUUUGGCACUGAGCUCACACUGGUGGCCCACCGGCGGGCCCACACUGCCAACCCACUGCACCGCUGCUGCUGCGGCAAGACCUUCAGCAACAUGACCAAGUUCCUUUACCACCGGCGGACGCACACUGGCAAAAGUGGAACCCCCACCAGGGCAGCAGCUGACUCCCCGGCUCCGGCGGAGCCCACGCCCCCACCUCCACCCCCGCCUGCCCAGCUGCCCUGUCCACAGUGCCCCAAGUCCUUCGCCUCGGCCUCCCGGCUUUCCAGGCACCGGCGUGCGGUGCAUGGCCCCCCUGAACGCCGGCACAGGUGCGGGGUGUGUGGCAAGGGCUUCAAGAAGCUGGUCCACGUGCGCAACCACCUGCGGACACACACGGGCGAGAGGCCCUUCCAGUGUCACUCCUGCGGCAAGACCUUCGCUUCUUUAGCCAACCUCAGCCGCCACCAGCUGACCCACACAGGUGUGCGUCCCUACCAGUGCCUGGACUGCGGCAAGCGCUUCACACAGAGCUCCAACCUACAGCAGCACCGGCGGCUACACCUCCGGCCGGUGGCCUUUGCACGUGCCCCUCGUCUUCCCAUCACUGGUCUCUACAACAAGAGCCCCUACUACUGCGGAACCUGUGGCCGCUGGUUCCGCGCCAUGGCAGGCCUGCGACUACAUCAGCGGGUCCAUGCCCGAGCCAGGACUUUGACACUGCAGCCUCCCAGGUCACCCUCUCCUGUCCCACCCCCACCCCCUGAACCUCAGCAGACCAUCAUGUGCACAGAGCUUGGAGAGACCAUCGCCAUCAUUGAGACUUCCCAGCCACUGGCCCUGGAGGAUACACUGCAGCUGUGCCAGGCAGCACUGGGUGCCAGUGAGGCCAGUGGACUGCUGCAGCUGGACACCGCCUUUGUGUGACAGCGUGCAAGAGAAAUGAUGACAGGUUCGGUUGCAAGAUUGCCUGUGGGCCCUCGGGAGAAGAGGACCCCUCUGGUGAGCCCACCUGGCACCCACAUGGCAGAGUCCACCCUGCUGGCCUCUUCACAACAACCCUGCCAGGUUUCUCCUGUCACCUCUCUCUGCCCACAGUGAAACUGAAGCUCUGUGAAGAGAUGUGAUCUGUCUCAGCCUCCGCUGCUUUGUUGCAGAAACAGGGUUUGCCAAGGCUGUUUGCACAGCAUCACCCAGUGCUCAGCAACACCAGGUAACCUUUAUGAGCACCAACCAUAUGCCAGGCCUGUGCCACACACUCUCAUAUACCUCUUCAGAGCUGCUCGUAACCCCCCCCCACACACACACACACACCUUCCCCUGGACUUUGGGUGCCUGGGACUUAGCUCUGCUGGGUACAGGAAGGUGCGUAGUUUCUGAGCUUGCUUCUUCUCAGUUUUGACGAUCUGAAAAGAAAUCUGUAGGUACCCCCAGUACUCAGCUCAGAUUGGGUGAUGAUGAAGACCCAGGAAUGAACCAGACCCAGCUCUGAACUCAGGCAUGCUUGGUCCAGCAGGAGCAACAGACUGAAGUAGUUUGUCUGAGGGCUGCCACUACUUCUUUCAGCCUCUGUGCUCAAGGCUUCCCUCACACGGGCCGUGGUGCUACAGGCCUCAGGAUCUCUGGGCUGUGAGGGGAAAGUGUAGGGACAGUGGGAUCUGAGAAUAGGGAGCAAGCCUCCAUAGGAGAUGAUCAAGAGUGAGAGACUCCUAGUGGCCCAGUUCCUGAAGUAAAAGCAGGAAUCUGCUGCCAGUGGAGAAGAACAUUCCAGACAGGACAUCCAGUUAUAGUUGCAGUGAACACCGACUGCCUGGCAUUCUGAAGCAGGACACUUAGCAUUGUCCAUCAGACCGGAGAUAGAACCUGUAUAUCAUCCCUCUUGUGUAAGUAAGGAAACAGGAAGUCUCAAGCUGAGUAGAGGUGUCGUCAGAUUUGAACGCAGUUCUUAGGACCAUCUGUAUUGUUCUGAGUAAGAUCUAAAGCCCAAAGAUGUCACGUGUCCGGGGUUUAUUCCCCUGGAGAAGGCAGUGUCAUGGAGCAUUUGGGAUUUGAGGGGCCUUGGAAACAGGAAGGGAUCCUGUUUUUCAUUGGGUGUCCUUCCCCUCCCUGAGUCUAGGAGACCAGUGGGGCAGGGCUCCCCCAGGCCUUGGCAGACCAUGAUGCUCCAACAAGAGAAGCAGAAUGUUGCUGGGGCUGGACAUUGUCUGGGAGAUAUGCCCAGGCUUUGGAAGUUGGGGUGAGUCGUUGAAGGCAUGUCACAGGGAGGGUGUCAUGUCUCCCUGGAUCAGAGCAAGAAGAGUGUGAGGCUGGCAGUGGUCCAAGAGAGGAUGAACAGAACUGAGUAGGGACUUUAGGGUCAAGUUGGUAGACAACCUCAGUGACCAGUGAACGAGUAGGUCCAUCCCUUAGCGCAAGGCAGCCAUUCUCACCCUACUUCAUAACUGGCUUGAGCAGAAGGAUAAGGUCUGUCCUGCAGGGGAGACAGGUACCCCUGGGGCUGAUGGAAGUGUCUAGCAGAGCCCAGAAAUCUUAGAAUCCCUCAAGGAUAUGUUCCAAAAUUCCUUUCUGUGCAUCAGUAGACUCCAUCAGGAGGACCCAAAGUUGUUCCCUCCCUUUCUGGAGCCUCCUACCCACUCACUGCUUGGCACCAUGUGGAGAUACCAUUUCCUUCUGCCCAUGGUCCCCACCAUCUGGCUCCAGCAUAUUUUAAAAGUCAAGGGGAAAAUCCAGGCAAGGUGGUACAAGCCUGCAAUCACAGCAUUUGGGAACCUAACGCAAAAUCAUCUCCAGUUCCAGGCAGACUUGGGCUAUAAUUGGAAGACCACCUCAAAAAAGAGAGAGAAACUAAACUCUCUACCUCCACCCUCCCGAGGCUGCCACUUCCCGUCGUCCCUAAGAGAAGUGAAGCAAGUGUUUCAGAGUUAAGCCCUGGGAAUCUGCCUGUCCAUACAUACCCACCCCACUGAGUUUACAGACAGACAUUUAGCCUGAGAGACUCCUCAUCCAGGGUCCCAUUUGGACCCUGCAGAAGACAUCCCUUUGUUCAAGUCCUGACUUUGCCCCUUGCGUUCUGGGGUUUCAAGCACUGAACUCCAGUCUCCCUGGUCACCCAGGACAAUCACCCUCCCCCAGCUGAAGCAGCUGGUUUGUGUGAGGUCAUGGGUGGGCCCCACAUCUGUGGUGGAUAAGUACUAGUGCUUUAGGGG